CUCCCUCUCUCUUUCUCUCUUUCUGUCUCUCUCUCUCACACACACACACACACAGUCCGCAGACAAAAUUGUACUCUUUCAACUCGAGAGCGCUAGAACGUUUGUUUACACUCGUAUAUCACGGGCCGUCACGCGCUAACACAAGGUCGUGCCCAAGUCUCACUCGGACGCGAGAUAGGGCAAUUGAAACAUCUUGUUAGGCGUGUACAUUUUUGUCAUAUCCUAAUGCGUUGUUGGGUAAUUGAGAGUUUAUCGUUUUCCCUUACACUGGCGAGCUCUGAGCCAGAGCUCAGUGUAAGGGAAAACGACGAAUGGUUGGUCGGUUAAGGAUCACUGCUUCGUUUUCCUUCAUCUCAUGGGAUGGAACGCUUAAAGCAGGCCAAAGUAUUAAAUAUACGUCACUGUCGUCAAUGACUAAAACCAGCUUACUUAAACCGGCAGUGGACGCUCCGUCUAAAUGAAGCUUGAGUGCCGUGAACGUAGCCUCAAUAGCACCUGCAAAAUUGCAUUCAGGGCGCUGUGAACGUAGCCACUGCAAAGUUUGUAAACCUUAGAGAUAAUCUAGAUUCUAAUCCAGUGUCACUCAAUGAAGAUUGCAAAAUAAUUCUCAGCAUGAAGAAAGCAAUGGACCCUUCAUCAUGUGGCCCUGUUCAUCAUAAUAAUGAUGAUAAUGUGGAAGAUCAACUUCUGGAACCUGAUCCCCCACCAUUAUCUCAACCUCAAGUGCAAGAGCAAGGGGAAAAGGAUUGUUAUGCAGACUGCCCUAUCCUGAAAAAGCUACCUACUAAGCUUUUCAAAAGACUUCUACCUUUUCAAAAGAGAGGGGUUCAAUUUGCUGUACAGAAGGAAGGAAAGUUUCUUCUUGCCGAUGAGAUGGGUUUGGGGAAGACUCUGCAGGCAAUAUCUGUGGCGCUGAUGUACAGAAGCGAAUGGCCAGUGCUCAUUAUCGUGCCGUCUUCUCUCAAGUUUUGCUGGAUUGAGGAGCUGGAAAAAUGGAUGCCGGAUAUUCUGCCAAAGGACAUUAACCUUGUUCACACAGGAACAGAUGCCAGUGGCAUAGCUGACUCCUUGAUCACCAUAAUAACCUAUGGCCUGCUUCGACACCCGUCGAGCACAGUCCUCAGAGAGGCCGUUACCGCUCGCAAGUUCAAGGUCAUUAUUUGUGAUGAGUCGCAUUGUCUUAGAAAUACAAAGACACUGUCUUACAAGACUGUCGUCCCCUUGAUCAAGGCGGCCAAGAGGAGAAUUUUACUGUCUGGCACGCCAGCUCUGGCCAGGCCGGUGGAGCUGUUUCCUCAAAUUGAUGCCAUUUGUCCUGGAAAAUUUGGCACAUUUUGGCAGUUCACAGAGCGCUACUGUGAUGCUCAUAUGGUGUAUUAUGGGAAAGUCCGACAAAGGAAGGUUGAUGGUGCCAGCAAUUUGGAGGAACUUCAGAAAAGGUUGGAGGCUUUGUUGAUGAUCCGUAGAGAGAAGAGUGAAGUUCUCACUGAGCUGCCACCCAAACAGAGGCAGAGGAUUUUGUUUGAGCUCAAACAGUCGACUAUGAAAACGGAGAUCCUCAGCACUUUUGCUAAUCUCAAAAGCCAGCUGUGUCGGGGAGACAAAACGGUCCGGAAAAUUCUCCAUGGCCAAGCAGCCUCUUCUGAAUUCCCUACACAGUUAGAUGAAGAAGGAUCCAGGAGGGAUGAUGAAGGUCAGAAGUCAGACGAGGCAUCGGUCAGUGUGUUCAGCGAAGUGUCACGGUUGUACCGCAUGAGUGGUCAAGCGAAGAUUGGCCCAGUGCGAGAGUAUCUUGAGAUGCUGUGCGAGAAUUCAAAGCUCAAGUUUCUUGUGUUUGCCUACCACCACAACAUGAUGGACGGAAUAGCGCAGACUCUCUGGGACAAGAACAUUAAGUUUGUCCGUAUCGACGGCCAUACCAGAGCGGCUGACAGACAGGCCUGUGUCAGUCAGUUCCAGACAGACCCUGAGACACGAGUGGCUAUUCUCAGUAUCCUCGCAGCAGGAGUGGGUCUGACGUUCACUGCGGCCAAGCUGGUAGUGUUUGCCGAGCUGUACUGGACCCCCGGUGUGAUGCUACAGUGUGAGGACCGGGCUCAUCGCAUCGGUCAGACCAGCUGCUUGCCCGUGCAUUACCUCGUUGCCAGGGGAACCAUGGAUGAAUGGGUGUGGGCAGCAGUCUGCAAGAAGACAGUGGUGACCAGCAUGGCCCUGACAGGUCAGUCACGUCGCUUGGAGCAUGCUGAAGGGGACAACCAGCAGAUAGAGAUACUUUCUAAUGCCAGUUUAUGGGAACCAAAGGAGGAGCAGGACCUGAAUAUCUCUGAUCUCGUACAGUCGCAAAGGGACCCAGACCAGAGUUGUAUCUUGGACUUCUUUUCCUCACCACGACAGAACUCAAAGACCUCGGCUCAGGCACCAAAGCUACAGAAACCACUACCUCUGCAGCGACAUCCACUCCUGAAAGGUGACAAGUUCCAAAAGCUCAGAGAAACUGGGCCUCUCAAGUCUGGCAAAGAGCAACGGUGUGUGGGACAGUCUGAAGCAGAUGAUAGGAAGUCUACCUGCAAUACCAAAAACAAAAAGCUUCUUGAUGUUAUUGUGCUAAGUAGUGAAGAUGAGGCUAAUGUAUUCAAACCUGUAUUCAAAAGAAGAAAGAAAAAACAAAAGAGCAAACUGCAAAAGAGCAAGGUUAAAGAAAAGGUGGCUUUGCCAGCUCUAGAAACUAGAACAGCAAACUUUCAAAAGGAAAACACUGCAGAGGUAUGUGCUGCAAGUAAUGAUGAAGACACUGAUAGUUCUCUUCCUGACAUUCCUUGCAUUGUGAAAAGGAAAAGUGAACCAACUAUCGUGAAACAAGCAAGCGGCAAGGAGAAAUGCCAAGGGGCUGAUGUGGGCGCUGUGUUUAAGUCUGAUACUGUGAUAGCUUCUGACUUGGGGGCAACCUCUGCUACGUCUCAGAUGAGAGGCAAAAGUAAACAUUGUAGUGAAUUAGGGGAAGGGGAGAGUCGAAAAGUGCUGGUCAUCAGAGGUUGUGAGGAGCAGACUGCAAGUGGGGAUGACAACUCUGUGAUCAAAGAGAUUCUGAACUCUCACUCUACUGAAUCAUUAAAGUCUAGGGUAAUGACAGUUGACUCUCAUUCCACUGAAUUGUCUCUGUCUGAAAGUAUCAAAUCUGACUCUUUCACUGUUGCUGUGGGCAUUGAGUUAAAAACUUUUUCCGAAGAAGUUCAAGGUCCUGUGGCAGAGAAUGUAAAAGAUGUUGCUGUAUGUGGUGAUGAGUGGAGCUGUCCUGCGUGCACAUUGGUAAACCACAUAGACCGAUCACGCUGUGAAGCUUGCAACACUUCGAGGCAGAGCAUAAUUUCCACUCACAAAAGAUCGAAUGAAACGAGUAUAAUAUGUCCUGCGGAGUAUUCAUCUCCCUCGAAAAAAAGAAAGCUCUCCUCAGAUAGUGGUAAAAAUGAACCAGAUCAUUUCUUGUCCAAUUCAAAUUCUGUGAGAAUCUGUGGAGAUAUGAGUGUCAAGGAUAAAGCUGAUCUAUCAACCACUGGCCACUCCUUCACUCAGCUCAGGAGCCAGGAGGUGCAUAUGGUCAAUGAUGGACGUAAGCCUUGUGCCACAACUCCUCCAAAUACACAUGCGAAGGCAGAAGAGGAUUCUCAUAUUCAUAAACUAAAGACAUCACCUCCAGCCUGGGUACAACUUAACAGAUGUGACUCUCCAGAUUUGUUUGAUGACAGUGGGGAUUCAGAGCUUUUGAAGGAUACUAGCAACAAAUCUGGUGAGUCGAGCUUGGCCUCCGACAAUAAUGUGAUCGACAGAGAUGUAGGGGAGAUGUGUAAGGUGUUUGGGGAUGGUAAUAAUCUAGCCUCUCGUGAUAUAUCAACAGUUGUGUCUCAAGAGAUGUAUGACAGCCUUGGAGAAGCAGCUGAUGGUGGUUCAGACCCUGUGGAGAAGGAACUGGCACCAGAGCUGUCAAGUCCAAGAUCAUAUUUGUCUUCUCCCUCAGCUGAAAGGAAGUUGUCACUAGCUGAUAAUACUACUGACUGUUCUGCUAACUCACAGGAACAAAGUUUGAAAUUCCUUUCGAGUGAUGCACUCAUUCCACAGUCAGAUCUGACGUGCAAAACGAAAAAUUAUCUUCCGGAAGCCAACUAUCUCUCCUGUGCUGACACUGUGACUGGUACUCCAUCGGUCUGUGAUAAAGCGUACCUGACCGCCAGCUCUGAUCAGCCGACCGCUGAGUCAGCAUCAUCUGACCCGCGGAGUUUUCACCAAGUGCUCAAGUUCAGCUGUAGUGUUCAUACUGGUCGGAUCUAUGUCUUUGACCAGGAGGGUACCUACCUUCAAGCGAAUUUCCUGCCAGUCGAUGUCCAAGUGGACAACUUCUCUGAGCUCCCAGAGGAGCUCCAGCACCCGCUUUGCAAGAAGUUAUUGCAACGAUUUGUUGGAGAGUGGACAGAAUUGAGUGACACCAAGCGAAGACUUCUUGCCAAGCAGGGUCUCGUGUUCUCCAGUCCCUUGCAUGCCUACGACCUGGUCAAAUCAGGAGAUAAGAACAAGAAAAGACAUCUCACGAAAGAGGACACACUUGCAGCAGCACAGUCUGCAGCUGAUGCCUUAAGAGGUCAUGUCAGGGUCAUAGGGAAGCGCACUACGACCCUUGACACAGUUUCCUCCGACAAGGUCAAUGAACAGGCCAAAGGUGUGGCUCAGGCUGUUGUGGAGGAUGGUACUCCUGUGUGCUUGCAGUGUCAGAAGCCUUACAAGAACCCAUUACUGUCAGCAGAGACCAUUUCAAACCCCAAGAACGCAUGGCAGUUACGUCUUUGUUCUUACCCAUGCAUGGACAGAUAUUGGAUCCUGACCCAUGCCAGCUAUUGCCGUGACCAGCUCUUUGACAUUCAGCGCGGUGUCUGCCAGCUCUGUCAGCUGGAUGCUCACAGCUUCAUCACUCGUCUCAAAUGCACGAAAGACCUAGUUGUUCGGGCUGAGCUCCUCAAUAAGAGCCCAUUCCGAUGUCUCGGCAGCAAACAGAAAAAAUUGAUUAUCACUCAACCAUCACCAGGACAGUUCUGGCAAGUGGAUCACAUCAAGCCCGUGUGGCAAGGUGGAGGGAUGUGUGACCUGGACAACCUGCGGACCCUGUGUACUCCAUGCCACCUGCGGGUGACGCGACGACAAGCGACACAAAGAGCCAACUACCGGAAACUGUCAAAGGCUUCUAGCUCUGGAGACAUCUCAGCCUUCUUUCAGAGGACAUGAUGAUGGGUCUUCACCAGUACGCAUGAUGAUGGAUCUUCACUAGUAUGCAUGAUGAUGGGUCUUCAUCAGUACACAUGAUGAUGGGUCUUCACCAGUACACAUGAUGAUGGGUCUUCACUAAUACGCAUGAUGAUGGGUCUUCACCAGUACGCAAAAGACAUGGGUUCAAUGCCCGCUCGGGGAAGAGUAUUUCACAGAAUGUCUCCCUCAUUUUGUUUGCUUUAGCAUCCUCCUCUGUCAAAGACUUUUGGGUGUGGGGACAUCUCUGCUUUUUUUCCCCCAAAGACGGGAUGGGUCCUCAUGGUAUAAACCCUGUAGAAGUUAGCGGGCUCCCUAGGAAGAUGCCCCGGUGUUUAGACCGCAGAAACCAAUCAUAGAACAAAGGAGACUGAUUGCGCAGUUCCGUCAAACCUGGUUACCACCUCCCUUGGGACAAGCAUAAAGUUUAACUCUUUGAAGACGUGCCCACUUUCCCAUUUUCGAUAGCCUGUGACGCCCCUUGUUAGCUCUUUUUUUUACCAGGUCACCAUUUUUUCCUAUCCUCUAAAAAAUACAAUUCCUCUAUUUUUCUCUAAUAUCAAUCAAUCAUUAACAUUCACAAUACCAGUUUUACCUUGAUCAAGGCUGCAAGAUCACUGUAGUUGCCCUCAAAA